AUGGCACCGGUUCUUAGCCACCAGCUUUUCGCCUGUUGCCAUUCGAAGUGCCUGUUUCGGACAUGCCGCAAGCAACAGAGGCACAAUGCGCCCAAGGUCAAAGUUGAUCAGAGUCCUCUGCUCUUGCAAGACUACACUUUACCCGAGACCAAUUCAGCUGACCAGAUUUCUUCUCAAUCUGCGCCAUCGUCUGCCGGCGUAGCGCAUUCCCAGUCACACCCUUUGCAUUCAAUUCUCUACCGGCAACACUCGCCACUGUGGAAGUCGGCCCAAGACAGGCACGUGGCAACCAGUCUUUCGCGGUGUCCUCAUUUGACAAUCUUGAAACGAUAUUCUCGCGCUGCCCUUCAUUCCACCAAAUUGUCCCCUUCGCGACCGGUUGAAAUAGUGGAAUUAGAAUCAUCUUCUCAUGUACCCAUCACUUCCGCUCAGUCCUCCACACAGUCUAGUGACCCAUGCAUAAUUCACAAAUUUGUCCCACCCCUUUUUUGCCCCCAAGCUGUGCCCCUGCCUGGCUCAGAUUGUUCCUACACCCUCGACAACCUCACUCAUUUUCACUCUUCUCUCUCCUCUGCAUCCCAACGGACACUCUCAUCACCCGCUGACUGCCCAUCUGCGUCUUCGUCAUCUCCUUGUCUACGCUCAAAUGACCCGCUUCAGUCUCGCCUGCACCGAUUUACCACUCAACUCGACCAAGUGACUAGAAAGUUGGACCGCAUUGAGGUGGCCUGGGCUCGAACGCUCCGAUCACUCGACGACCACUUCCUGUUGGAUCCUGAUGCCCUGCAAUGCAAACCGCAACGAGAGACCAGCACUAGUGCCCUCAGGCAUGAUGACGCCUUCUAUCCUUAUCUUCGUCUGGUUGAUGCGAUCUGCUAUCAGCGAGAACGGGCCCUUACGAGACUCGGACGAGUUGCCAUACGCCUGAGAGAAUCGCGAACCUGGAUACGCCAACUUCUCGAGUUGAUCAAGAAAAUUAACAGGUACAAACGUGUACAAUUUGGCCAAGUUGUCGGUCUGCAUGCCACCCUAUUG